CAGUUGGUUCAGAGCAAUGAAGUCGGAUCAAGCAAUGCUAUGGAGAAGGAGGGUCUGGCUAGGGCGAUUGACUUCAUAAGGAGGAACUGCACACUGCAGAUCGGCAAGAUCGUCACUGAUCGCCACAUACAGAUCGCCAAAUGGAUAAGAGAAAACCUGCCAGAAACAUGUCGUCUGUAUGACAUCUGGCACAUUGCUAAAGUAAUUGGUUUGUUAUUUGGACUCAGGAAGAAGCUUUCUGCCUUGGCAAAGCAGGAGUGUGAGGUAGUAGGUGAUUGGACAAACUCCAUUGUCAAUCACCUAUACUGGUGUUCCACAACAACUAGGGAAGGUGCUGGUGACUUGGUGGAGGGCAAGUGGUUGUCUCUUGACAACCACUUGCACAAUGUUCACAGUGGCCACAGUGAAGCCUUCCCACAGUGUGCCCAUGGGCCCUUGCGCAGACAGUGGCUUAAACCGAAUACUAAACUGGCACAGCCGAACACUGUAGCCGACCUUGCUCCCGACUCUUAA